AUGGCGACAGAAAAUGGAGCAGCCGAGCUGGGAAUCCAGAACUCAUCAACAGACAAGGCACCCAAAGGUGCAGCAGGCGAAGACCUCCCAGCUACAGAGAAAGAUCUUGACCCCCCAAACCCAGAGAAAGAACCCGGCCCUCCAGACCCAGAGAAAGAACCUGUUUCCCCAGACCCCGAGAAAGAAUCUGGCCCCCCAGACUCAAAGAAAGAAACUGGCUCCCCAGGCCCAAAGAUAGAACCUGGAUCUCCAGACCCAAACAAGGAAACUGGCCCCCCAGACUCAAAGAAAGAGCCUAGCACCCCAGAUCCAAAGAAAGAAUCUGGGCCUCGAGACCCUAAGAUAGAACCUGGGCCCCCAGACUUAAAGAAAGAACCUGGCCCCCCAGACUCCAAAAAAGAACCUGGUCCCCCAGACUCAAAGAAGGAAACUGGCCCCCCAGACUCAAAGAAAGAGCCUGGCCCCGCAGACCCAAAGAAAGAAUCUGGCCCCCCAGACUCCGAAAAAGAACCUGGUCCCCCAGACUCAAAGAAGGAAACUGGCCCCCCAGACCCCAAGAAAGAAUCUGGUCCCCCAGACCCAAAGGAAAAAUCUGUCGCCCUAGGGCUAAAGAAAGAAUCUGGGCCCCCAGACUCAAAGAAAGAGCCUGGUCCCCCAGACCCAAAGAAAAAACCUGGGCCCCCAGACUCAAAGAAAGAGCCUGGUCCCCCAGACCCAAAGGAAAAAUCUGUCGCCCUAGGGCUAAAGAAAGAAUCUGGGCCCCCAGACCCUAAGAAAAGACCUGGCCCCCCAGACUCAAAGAAAGAGCCUGGCCCUCCAGGCCCAAAGAUAAAAUCUGGCCCUCCAGGCCCAAAGAAAGAUUCUGGCCCCCCAGACUCAAAGAAAGAAACUGGUCCCUCAGACCCAAAGAAAGAACCUGGCAUCUCAGACCCAAAGAAAAAAUCUGGCUGCCCAGACCCCAAGAAAGAAUCUGGUCCACCCAUCCUGAAGAAAGGUGCCAAAGCCCCUGCCCCAGAGAAAGGGGAUAACACCCUUGCCCAACCCUUAACUAGCAGCCAGAGCCCAGAGGGAGAAAGCAACCUGGGUAGGGGGCCUGCGGAGGGCAGUGCAGGGCAGCCAGCAGCCCUACCACAGCCGACCUUAACAGCAGAAGCCGCUGUCAAGAAGCCCAACAAAGAGCAAGGGACCUCAGAAAGCCAGGACCCCGGAGAGCUCAAGGCAAGAAAGGAGAAGGCAGCAGAAGACCAAGCAGCGGCCAGGAGGGGCUCCCCUGCCUUUCUGCACAGCCCCAGCUGUCCUGCCGUCAUUUCCAGCCCUGAGAAACUGCUGGCCCAGAAGCCCCCAAAUGAGGCAUCAGAGCUCAUCUUUGAAGGGGUGCCCAUGACCCCCGACCCCAUGGAACCUGGGCCAGCCAAGGCAGCAGGAGAGAAGAACUUCCUGGAAGGCAGCCAGAAGGAAGCAGGAGAGAAGGCUUCAGGCCAGGCUGACCAGGCUAAGGUGCAAGGGGACAUCUCCAGGGGAUUCGAGUUCCAGGCUGUGCCCUCAGAGAGCUUGGAGGUGGGGCAGGAUCUCUGUCUCACAGCCAGGGAGGAGGACUGCUUCCAGAUUUUGGACGAUUGCCCACCACCCCCUGCCCCCUUCUCCCACCGCAUCGUGGAGCUGAGAACCGGGAACGUCAAUAGUCAGUUCAGCAUGAACUCCAAGGAGACGCUGGGCGGCGGUAAAUUUGGAGCAGUCUGUACCUGCACAGAGAAAGCCACAGGCCUCAAGCUGGCGGCUAAGGUCAUCAAGAAACAGACACCCAAAGACAAGGAAAUGGUGAUGCUUGAGAUAGAGGUUAUGAAUCAGCUGAACCACCGUAAUCUGAUCCAGCUGUAUGCGGCCAUUGAGACCUCGCAUGAGAUCAUCCUGUUCAUGGAGUACAUCGAGGGCGGCGAGCUCUUCGAGAGGAUUGUGGAUGAGGAUUAUCAGCUGACCGAGGUGGACACCAUGGUGUUUGUCAGGCAGAUCUGCGAUGGGAUCCUCUUCAUGCACAAGAUGAGGGUUCUGCACCUGGACCUCAAGCCAGAGAACAUCCUGUGCGUCAACACCACAGGCCAUUUGGUGAAGAUCAUUGACUUCGGCCUGGCACGGAGGUAUAACCCCAACGAGAAGCUGAAGGUGAAUUUUGGGACCCCAGAGUUCCUGUCACCUGAGGUGGUGAAUUACGACCAAAUCUCCGAUAAGACAGACAUGUGGAGCAUGGGGGUCAUCACCUACAUGCUAUUGAGCGGCCUCUCCCCCUUCCUGGGAGAUGAUGACACAGAGACCCUAAACAAUGUUCUAUCUGGGAACUGGUACUUUGAUGAGGAGACCUUCGAGGCUGUGUCAGAUGAGGCCAAAGACUUUGUCUCCAACCUCAUCGUCAAGGACCAGGGGGCCCGCAUGAGCGCUGCCCAGUGUCUCGCCCACCCCUGGCUCAACAACCUGGCAGAGAAAGCCAAGCGCUGUAAUCGACGCCUCAAGUCCCAGAUCUUGCUUAAGAAAUACCUCAUGAAGAGGCGCUGGAAGAGAAACUUCAUUGCCGUCAGCGCUGCCAACCGCUUCAAGAAGAUCAGCAGCUCAGGGGCAUUGAUGGCUCUGGGGGUCUGA